CCGGCCUUGGUUCUCCGAUCUCGCAGUUUCGGGAAUCCAUUAGUGCGUCCGAGCUACGGUAUAAAAAAAUAUCUCUUAUUACACCAUGGUUGGAGCACGAUAAGGGACAAAGCUUCUCUUUUCUCAGGGAUCACGACAUUAAUUCAUUUUCAAAAUUGGAUGGAAAUAUUUUCAAGUAUUAUGACUUAAUUCGUAAGACGAUCGAUCUAUCGUUCCAAAUCGCGACCGAUUCACUCAUUUUCAUGUUUUGUUACGCGCGGGCAAAAGGGGAGGUAGAUGCGUGUUGCGUUGUGGUGUGUGUUUGUGUUUUGUAUCAGGUUGAAGUGGGUAGUAUAAGCGCAGUUAUUUCGCAGACUUAAGUUAUUUUCAUGAAAACCGAAUAAUUCUGUAUUAAUUUAUCUGUACUUUCGACAAUAACAGGCCUCUGUUCUAUGUUAUAAUCAUGAAUUUGGAACUUUUGGAGUCAUUUGGGCAAAAUUACCCUGAGGAAUUUGAUGGUGCCCUUGACUGUAUCUCUUUAGCUGUCACAUGUGCUUAUAAUAAACGAGGUACUUUACUAGCUGUUGGUUGCAAUGAUGGUCGAAUUGUAAUUUGGGACUUUCUUACUAGAGGCAUUGCUAAGAUUAUUAGUGCCCAUGUACAUCCAGUCUGUUCUAUAAGUUGGUCUCGAAAUGGACAUAAAUUACUAAGUGCAUCCACUGAUAAUAAUGUGUGUAUAUGGGAUGUUCUGUCAGGAGAAUGUGACCAGAAAUAUCGGUUUCCUUCACCAAUUUUAAAGGUACAAUUCCAUCCUCGAAACGAUAAGAUUUUUCUUGUGUGUCCUAUGAGACAUGCUGCCGUUUUAGUUCAAACUGAUGGUAAUCACCGAAUUGUUCCUUUGGAUGAUGAUACGGACUUGAAUAUUGUGGCAUCAUUUGAUCGAAGAGGACAGUAUGUAUACACAGGAAACGCUAAAGGAAAGGUGCUUGUCCUUUCAACCUCAGACCUGGAGCUAAAAGCAUCAUUCAAAGUUACUCAAGGCACUACUAGUGCUACUGCAGUGAAAAGUAUCGAAUUUGCACGCCGAGGAGAGUGCUUUUUAAUUAAUACUGCUGACAGAGUGAUACGAGUAUAUGAUAGUCAAGAAGUACUUACGUGUGGAAAAGAUGGUGAGCCUGAACCUAUCCAAAAAUUGCAGGAUCUCGUGAACAAAACGAUGUGGAAGAAAUGUUGCUUCUCAGGUGAUGGCGAGUAUAUAUGUGCAGGAUCUGCUCGUCAGCAUGCUCUGUAUGUUUGGGAAAAGAGUAUAGGCAAUUUAGUGAAAAUAUUACAUGGUACAAAAGGAGAGUUGUUACUUGAUGUUGUAUGGCAUCCUGUUCGACCAAUUAUUGCUUCUAUAUCAAGUGGAGUUGUGUCAGUAUGGGCCCAGAAUCAAGUAGAAAAUUGGUCUGCAUUUGCCCCUGAUUUCAAAGAAUUGGAUGAAAAUGUUGAAUAUGAAGAACGUGAAUCAGAAUUCGACUUGAGUGAUGAAGACAAAUCUGUUGAAAUGGGUCCUGAGAAACAGGAAGAUGAUUUGGAGGUUGAUGUCUCUACAAUUGAGCCAGUGGCAGCAUUUUGUAGUUCUGACGAAGAAGGAGAGGAUAUGGAUGCUUUGCAGUUUUUACCUAUUGCACCUGAAGUUGAGGAACCUGAGGAAGGAUGGCCAACAGGACAGGGAAAUGCACAACAGAAUGAAGAAGAAAAACAGAGGAAUAACAGUAAAGAAAAUACAUCCCCUGCUCCAAAACGUCGAAAAUACCGUGCAUUCGAUAUUGAAUUAGAAGGUGCUCCAUCUGAAGAAGUUCAUCCUUUGUUAAGCAAUCGUGCAAAAGAUAAACAACAAUCAGGUGGCAAAAAAGGUGGAGGGAGACCUCGAAUUGAUGACAGAAAAAGGCCAAAGUGAAAGGACAUUGGUUUUUGUUGGGGUUUUAUCUUGCUCCAUAGAAUAUUGUUAAAUUUCCAAUGUUUUAUGGGCGUCUUAUGAAAGAUAAGUUACAUAAGUUUAAUGUAAUAAUAGCUUUCACCAAAGAUGACUAAAAGAAGCAUCUUUAUUCCUUAAAUAUUGCUCUGGAUAUAUCCUCCAUGAAAUUAGAUACAGAUACCAGAUCAUAUUGAGGAGUUCUUGUAAUGUGUGUGUAAAUACAACUCAUGGAAGAAACAAAAAUAUUAAUGUUUUGAGUGUGUUUCAGUUGCCUCAGGUUCUGGCAAAAUUGAAGAAAAUUUAUUUUAUUAUUUUCAAUGUUUAUAUAGCUUUGAAUGACGAGUAAGUGUUGUGAGAAGAAUCCUGUUCUAUGUUUGGAAAUUUCAUUUUGCAGUUACAUUACAUGUAAAUAUUUGUAUAUAAUAUAAGUAUGCCAGAACUCAUUUUAUUUUAUGUAGAUAUUUUAUAUUGAAAAUUCUAAAUAAUGAAAUUCAAAUUGACUUGCUUCCAAUAUUAAUUUUUUGAGAGCAACUCAAAUUGUAAUUUUUGUUGUUUUUAUUUUACGUGCAAUCAAUUAUAUUUUUAUCCAAUAUCUUGAUGUAAACUAUGAUCCUUCUCCUUUUUUACACAUAUGUCCUUUCAUAUUUAUGUCCUUUUUCUGACUACAGAAAUCAAAAAUAAAUAUAUUGUUCUCUGACAAUUAGUACCCUUGCCUGCCAUUGUGUGCUAUUGCCAUAGGUGUGCUAUUAGCCAACUGUGUUUAAGAUAUAAUUUUAUUUAUUUGAAUCACUUUGCUGUUAUUCAUUAUCUUAACUGCACUUACAAAUUCUUUGAAAAAUAUUUUUCAUGUUUAAUAAAUCUGAAAAUAUUUUCUGUUUAAAAUAUCUUAUGCACUUUCUGGAAAUUCAAUAGAACACUAUUUUCAAAUGCAGAGUUUGUGCCUCAAGUAAUUUGCAAAAUAAGUCAAAUAAGUGUUUUCUCACAGUGUGUUUGAGAUUUUCAUUUACUGAUUACCAUAUUUACUAAAAUAUUAGAUGAGGUAUUUUCCUAAAUAUUUCGCGUAAAAAAUACGGGGUUAUCUUAUAUUCCCAGAUUGAGUUAGUCAGUGAGGAUAAAUGUUUUUAUGUUUCUUUUCCUUGUUAUUUCAUAUUGUUUACGUAAUGAUCGGCUUUAAGAGGCGAUAUAAAUGUUACGCUGAUUUAUAAUGCCUAGUUAUUCACAGACAUAUACUUGGAAUUCAUCGGAUUUUUGCUGGAAGAUUGAGACCGAUAUUUUUGAAUUGACGAGGCAUUGUUUCUAGUGAAAUGCAAGGGGAAUGUAAAUAAAAGUAGUUACUGAGAUUUUAUUACACGAUGAGGCUGUGUGACUUCAAUGUCCAGUGAUGAGAAUCUGCAUUUUGCAAGAGUUGAAAAUGAAAAAUAGAACAUUGCCAGAAGUACAUAUUCUUCAUCCAACCACAGAAAAAGAUGAUAAAAAUAUUUUAUUUCCAAAUGAUAGAGAUUUUCAAUAGAUAAACAAAAAUAGAUAUAGAUUUUCUCCUAUUAAUUAAAUCUAUUUUUCAAACAUGUCUUAAAAUAAUUACUUGAAAUUUUUUCAAAAAUAUGAGGUUUUCACGUAAUUUUGCGUGAAAUUUAAGUAUUUCUGAAAUAAUUAUUUUCUCAAAAACUGGUCAAAAUUUAUUCUUUAAAUGUACUCAUGAAGUGUAUAUGAGAAGGGUAUGAAAUGACAUCACAUAUUUCUGGCGAACUCUGAAAUUGCGAAAAUUUACAAUAUUACAAAAUUUGCGAAAAGUUAAAAUUGCAAAACCUCAAAUUUGAAGAUAGAUAUCUUGUCUUAAAUAAAAUCUGUAAUAAAAAAUUUGAUCUUUUGCACAGGUCAUGUACAUUUUCCUUAAAAAAAAAAUUAAGAAAGGUUGAUGCAAAAUCGAAG